UGGAAAUAAACUGGAUUAGUAGCUAAUAACGCCACAAGAGUGUUGGUUGAUUUUUAUUAUAAAUUAAUAAAAUAAUUAUAAUUCUUUAAGAAGUCUUACUGAUCCCAGUUUGGAAUUAGUUAAAUAUCUACAAAUCGAUCAAAGUAAUAAUAAUGCCUUUAGAUUGUGAUUUUUCUCAAGCAUCACCAUUGGUAAAAGUUUACCAACAAAGUGUACUUGAAGAUUAUGACUAUAAUAAUGACUACAAAAAUAGAUCAUUGUUCGUGGGUAUAAAAUCAUCUUUUAAAAUUCUCAAAGUGAAAAAAGUGAACAACCCUCAACUUUAUGGUAUGUAUUUAUUAUGGAAAGAGGAAUUAAAAGUUGGCAACAGCUAUCAACUGAGGGAGAGAAAAUUAUAUCAUGCAACUUCACCAACAAAUGCUUUGAGUAUUUCACAGAAUAAUAUUGACUGGCGUAAGACAUAUAGGUCGAGAUUUGGAAUUGGUGCUUGUUUUUCAACAUGUCCUGAAUAUGCACACAGACAUUCAAGUUCAGAUGGAGCAUUUAUGAUUUGCAAAGUGCUAACAAAGAAAAUAGAAGUGGUAGAUGUCAACUAUGACUUGGAUGUACCGACAAAAUGUGAAAAUGAUACUUCUUUGAGUAAUACAGGUAAAGUAUAUGUUAAAUAUGAUGACAACACUUUUUACCCAGAGUUUAUUGUUUAUUAUCGUUAGUACUCUAAAUAUAAUUCAAUACUUUUUUUAAAUUUAUUGAAAAAUAAAGAUAAAAAAAAAAAAAUAGAAUAUCAGUACUUUUAAAUACAUAAGUACAAAAUAACAUUUUUGAAAACUUCUCAAAAUGUUAACACGACUAGAAGAAAAGGUUGGGUAAGAGAUUCUGAAUAAAAUAUUUUGAUUAUAAAUAAUUAGGUAAAUACUAACAAUAGUUUUUGUACUAAUAUACUUAAAUUCAAAAAUAAUACACUACAUUUAUUACUUAAACAAAAUGUAAUUAUUAUAAUUAUUGUUAGACAUUCACAGUAAUUAAAUACAGACUAAGGUCAUGUUUUUUUUUAUUUAUCUGGUAAAAACUUAUUUUUUAUGUUGUAUGGUUAAUUCAAAUAUACCUAAUAGGUAUAUACUUAUUAUUAUUAUUUUUAACUCAAAACAGAACUAGUAUUGUCAUAAGAAUUAAAAAUUUAAAACUGAACGCGAAAAUUACCACUAUAAAUUAUAAAACAAAUGUUUAAUGACAAGGUUUUAGUUUUAGGUAUAGUUUAUUAUCGACUUAUUACUUUACAAUAAGCUUAAGUAUUCUCUAUACUAAACAAAUAGUUCAAUUAUAAAAGUAAGU